AUGUCUCAGGAGGAGGACAGAUUCCACGCUCACUCUUUUAUCCCCAGACGCCGAGGAAACUGGGCCCAACACUCAAGUUACAUCUUAAUUGCCCUCUGUGCCCUCAUCCUGUACCUCACUGAACAGAGCAUCCGCCAUGUCGCCCAGUGUUUUAUCAUCCAUUUUGUGGCCCUGCAGGUUGGAGCCCUCUUCAAGGGGAUCUGCACCUUCACAGAAGAGGUCCACCAUGUGUCAGCCAGGUAUCGUGGGAAAUAUUUCAAGGCCCUGAAUGCCUGCCUGGAUUUGCGCAGGCAUGGUCUCCUCCUGUUGUUAUGUGGGGCUGCCUACUUGUUGCUUCCCAAAGAAACUGGGCUUCCACUAUGCUUGAAACUGAGCCUCGUGUGCCUCUGUCAGCUUCUGGCGAUCGUCUUUGGCCUUCAGAAUCCCUCAGCUGCCGAGAUUUCAGAACUAUGUGAAAGAAACAACCUCAAUGUAGCACAUGGACUCGCCUGGUCUUAUUAUAUCGGCUAUUUAAAAAUCAUUUUGCCUCGCCUUAAAGAUUCUAUUAGUGUUUUCAGUGAGAAUAAUAAAUCCUUGCUGAAAUGCAAGAAGACCUGGAAAUUACACAUCUUGAUCCCCCUGAACUGCGAGGUGUACGAUAACCUGUGGAAGGCUGAUAGUCAUAUUCAGUUCAUAAACAACCUCCCAGAAGUGAGCGUGGAUCGAGCUGGCAUUAAGAGGAGAACCUACAAAAACAGUGUCCAUGGAAUCUUGGAUGAGAACCAAAAGAUGCACUGUUGUGUGGUGGAGUAUGCCACCCCACUGCAAUCCCUCUAUGCCAUGUCCCAAGACGACAGUGCCGCUUUCAGCAGGCAAGACCGUCUGGAACAAGCCAAGCUCUUCUGCAGAACACUGGAGGAAAUCUUAGGGAAAUCCAAAGAGUGCUCCGGCUGCUACCAGCUCAUUGUGUAUGAUGACUCGGGAGAAAAUGACAAGCAUUUUUUGUCCAAGGAAAUCCUACGACACCUAAAACAGCAGGAUCGGGAGGAAUACGCCAUGUGUGAAAAGGAGGAAGGGUGCAUUCGCACACAGAACUGUCGGCCGGUUGAAGAAACCGAACUUCUGAUUAGCGACUACGACCAGCCUCUGUCUUUGCAUAGUGACAGCAACUGA